ACGUGACACUUAAAAUGGCGACCUACAUUGAAGCUCUGCAAACGAUCUUUUUGUUUUAAGAGAAUUAUUUCAAGGAGAACCGUUGCAUAAAUUGUCAUGUCAUCCAAAUUUAAGCUUGCAUUACUGCAGUUGGCUGUUGGGGCCUCAAAAGUAGAUAAUCUGACUAAAGCUGUAAGAUUAAUUAAAGAGGCAGCAUCUAAUGGAGCAAAGAUAGUAGCACUACCAGAAUGCUUUAACUCCCCAUAUGGUACAUCUUAUUUUGCUGACUAUGCUGAGAAAAUACCAGGUCCAUCAACUGAUGCCUUGGCUGAAGCUGCUAAAGAGAAUCAGAUUUUCCUUGUUGGAGGGUCAAUUCCAGAAGAACACAAUGGCAAACUUUAUAACACUAGUACAAUAUUCAAUCCAGAAGGAAAACUGAUAGCCAAACAUAGAAAGAUUCAUUUGUUUGACAUUGAUGUUCCUGGUAAAAUUAGAUUUCAAGAAUCUGAAGUUUUAAGUCCUGGCAGUCAAUAUACAACUUUCGAUACUCCUUUUUGUAAAGUAGGAGUAGCCAUAUGUUAUGAUAUUAGAUUUGCUGAGUUAGGACAAGCGUAUGCUAGAAAAGGUUGUCAGUUGCUGCUGUAUCCAGGAGCAUUUAAUAUGACGACUGGACCAGCACACUGGGAGUUAUUACAGCGUGGAAGAGCACUAGAUAAUCAACUCUAUGUUGCAACCAUUUCACCAGCCAGAGAUGAAAAGGCCAAAUAUACAGCAUGGGGACAUAGCACCGUAGUUAAUCCAUGGGGAGAUGUUAUAUCAACAACAGAACAUGAAAAAACUAUUGUUUAUUCAGAUAUUGAUUUAGAAUAUUUAAAACAAGUUAGAGAAAUGGUGCCUAUAUCUAAACAGAGAAGAGAAGAUCUAUAUCAAUUACAAAUUAAAGAAUCUGAUUCUUAGAAGAUUAUCGUCUACUAAGAUUUUAUUUUGUAAAUUACAUUAUAGUAUCUAAUUCCUAGAAGACUAUUUGUCUUAUAGGAUUUUUAAUUGCAAAUUCUUAGAUAAGUAUUGCCUACUGAGAUUAUAAAUGAGAAAUUACAGAGUAUAUUCCACAAAUAAUUAUAGUGUAAUAUUAUUGAUGACUAAGGGUUUAUAUUCUUGUACAAAUAUCAGAAUCUUAAGUUAACAAAUGAUAUAUAAUCUAAUUCUCAGAUAAUUCAGGUCUGUUAGUUUUAAUUAUUACAAAUGAAGAAUCUAAUUCUCAGAUAAUUCAUGUCUAUUAAAAUUUAAUUUACAAAUGAAGAAUCUAAUUGUUGUAUUAGAAGCUAAAUUUAAAUUGAUGGAAUAUAAUUCUAAAAUAAUUAUUGUAUAUUAAGAUUAUAACUACAAAUGUCAUUACUGGGUAUAAUUCUUAAAUAAUUAUAGAAUAUUAAGAUUGUAUAUUCAAAUAACAGAAUCUAAUUUUUAGAUAA